AUGGCUCACGAGGAACUGUUCGACUGCUCCAUCUGUUUACAGCUACUUGACGAUCCAGUGACAACUGCCUGUGGCCACAGUUUCUGUAUGAAAUGUAUCAAUACUUUUUGGGAUAGAAAUAACAAAAGAGAAACCUACAGCUGCCCCCAGUGCAGGCAGACGUUCAACCCCAGGCCUGUUCUAAAGAAGAACACGUUACUGGCUGAUCUGUUCGAGGAGCACAAGAGGACAAAAAGUCAGAAUGCUGCUGCUGCUGGGGAAACCUUUGCUUCACCUGAUGAUGUGCAGUGUGACGCUUGUACAGGGAGAAAAAGAAAAGCCAUCAUGAACUGUCUGGUGUGCUUGGCAUCUUACUGUGAGACUCAUCUGCAACCUCACUUUGAAGUGCCACCUCUAAAAAAGCACAAGCUGGUUCCCGCGUCUACAGCGAUCGAAGAAAGCAUAUGUGGCUGUCAUGGCAAACUUCUGGAGAGCUACUGUCGCACUGAUCAGCAGUUCAUCUGCCUUCUGUGUGCAAUGAAUGAGCACAAAGGUCAUGACACUGUAACAGUUGAAGCAGAGAAGUGUGAAAUGCAGAGAAAACUGGAGACGACAAAACAGGAAAUUGAAGACAAAGUGCUGGCUUCAGAAAGGGAAAUGACGGAGCUGAGGCAGGCUGCGGACUGUAUAAGAGAUGCUGCUUGGGAGGUGUGCGAUGACUUUGAGCGACUGUGUCAGGAACACAUCCGUUUGUACGUUCGCUCUGUGGAGAGGAGGUGUUCUGAGAUUAGGGAGAAGGUUGGAGAAGCAGAGAAAUCGGGAGUGGAUUGGACCAGCAGUCUCCAUGGACAACUGAGGCAACACGUGUCAGAGCUGAGGGGGAGAGAGGAUAAACUCGACCAGCUCUCACUCACCAAGGAUCCCAUUAAGUUUCUUCAGGGUUUCCAGGCCCUGGGUGAUCUUCCUGUGUUCACUGUCUCACAUGAAAGAUAUCCCACGCUGUCAGAGUUUGUCAUUGCACAGAAAGAUACACUCAAAGAUGUGUCUGAACAAAUGAAAAAACAUUUGUUUAAUAAGUUUGAGGAACAUUUGGUGUCAAACACACCCAGGUACCAUGAGGAAACACCAUUAAGAUCACACUUUUUGAGCUCCUACUACAGAGUGGAGGUGGAUCCCAACACAAUUGCAGCAUGUCUUUGCUUGUCUGAUGGAAAUAGAGAGAUAUCAUGGAGCGGCAGUGACCAGGCCCAUCCUGAUCACACUGAUCGAUUCACCUACCAUAACCAGGUUCUGUGCAAAGAUGGCCUGACUGGCAGACACUACUGGGAGGUGGAAUGGGAUGUUGGCAUUGUUGAGGUGGCUGUUGCAUACAAACACAUUCAAAGAAAGGGUUCAGGGAAAGAAUGCUGUUUUGGUCACAAUAAUCUCUCCUGGAAAUUAGUCUGUUCUCCAUCUGGCUGUGAGUUUUGGCACAAUAAUCUUCGCAAGGGCCAAAUUCCUGUGGCCCACUCCCGGAAAGUAGGAGUGCACCUUGAUUAUAAAGCAGGGAACGUGCACUUCUACAGCAUUUCUGGAUUUGGGGACUUGACACUGUUGCACCAGGUCAAGACCACCUUCACUGAGCCUCUCUAUCCUGGCUUUACUGUUGAUUUAGGUUCAACACUGAAAAUAUGCAACAUUUAGACCAGUGCACUAUUAUACAUGUGAGCUACAGGACUUAUAAUAGAGAAAAGGUAUGGACGAUGCAUGUGUGAGUAAGCGUGAUAUUCAUGCACUGAGAGUCAAUAUCAGUC